AUGGCGACGUUUAUUUCAGUCCCGUUAAAAAAGGCAUCAGAAGUGGAUCUGGUGAAACCGCUGUCUAAGUUUGUAACCACCACGUACCCAGCGGGCGAGGAGCAGGGAGAGUAUAUCCGCGCGGUGGAGGAGUUGAACAAGCUCCGUAAGAACGCGCUGGGAAGGCCGCUGGACAAACACGAGAGCUCCCUGGAGAUCCUGCUCAGAUACUAUGAUCAGCUGUGUGCUGUCGAGGCUAAGUUUCCCUUCUCUGAAAACCAGCUCUGCUUAACCUUCACAUGGAAGGAUGCCUUUGAUAAAGGGUCGCUGUUCGGUGGCUCAGUGAAGCUCGCAUUGGCCAGUUUGGGCUAUGAGAAGACAUGUGUGUUGUUCAACGCAGCAGCGCUGGCCAGUCAGAUCGCCACAGAGCAAAACCUGGACAACGAUGAGGGGCUGAAGGCUGCAGCCAAAUACUACCAGCUGGCCAGCGGAGCGUUUGGCCACAUCAAGGACACAGUGCUGUCAGCGCUAAACAGGGAGCCCACCAUGGACAUCUCCCCCGAGACUGUGGGUACCCUGAGCAUUAUCAUGCUGGCCCAGGCCCAGGAGGUCUUCUUCCUUAAAGCCACCUCAGAUAAGAUGAAAGAUGCUGUCAUUGCAAAGCUGGCCAAUCAGGCAGCAGAUUUCUACGGCGAUGCCUUCAAGCAGUGCCAGUACAAAGACAACCUUCCCAAGUAUUUUUAUUUUCAGGAAGUGCUGCCUGUGCUGGCGGCCAAGCACUGCAUCUUGCAAGCCAACGCUGAGCUGCACCAGAGCAUCCUGGCCAAGCAGAAGAAACGCUUUGGAGAGGAGAUCGCUCGCCUGCAGCAUGCAGCAGAGCUGGUGAAGACGGUGGCGUCUCGCUACGACGAAUAUGUGAGCGUUAAGGACCUGACCGAGAAGAUCAACCGAGCCCUCACCGCAGCCAAAAAAGACAAUGACUUUAUCUACCACGACCGUGUGCCUGAGGUCAAGGAUCUGGAGCACAUUGGCAAGGCAGCGCUGGUCAAAGCCACCUCCAUCACUCCUCCACUCAGCCAGAAAUUCACAGACUUGUUUGAGAAAAUGGUCCCCAUGGCGGUGCAGCACUCCAUGAGCAUUUACAACCAGAGGAAGGCUGAGACCGUUAACAGACUGGUGGGAACAAUGAGGGAGGCCACCAAUCUCUGCAACGGGGUGUUGGCAUCACUAAACCUGCCAGCUGCUCUGGAGGAUCUGUCAGGAGACUCUAUUCCACAAUCCAUUGCUGAGAAGGCGCGAUCCAUCGUGCAACAGGGAGGCCUGCAGAGCAUCGAACAGCUAAUCAAAGACCUGCCUGAGCUUCUGACCCGCAACAGAGAGAUCCUGGACGAGUCUCUGAAGAUGCUGGAUGAUGAAGAGACGACAGACAACGAGCUGAGAACCAAGUUCAACCAGCGUUGGAACAGAACCCCUUCUGGAGACCUUUACAAGCCCCUUCGUGCAGAGGGAGCUAAUUUCCGCAACAUCUUGGACAAGGCCGUCCAGGCGGACCAGGUCGUGAAGGACCGCUACAACACCCACUGUGAAAUGAUCACCCUGCUGUGUAAACCGGAGAAUGAGCUCAAUGCUGCCAUUCCCUCCGCCAACCCGACCAGGACACUGCAAGGCAGCGAGGUGGUCAACGUGCUGCGCUCCCAGCUGGCUCAGCUGGACGAGUUGAAGAAAGAGAGGGAGACCAUGGAGGGAGAGAUCAAGGGUGUGACCUUUGACAUGUCCACUGCCUUCCUGACGGCGCUCGCCCAGGACGGGGCCAUCAAUGAGGAGCAGCUGUCACUCUCCCAGCUCGACCAGUUGUACGGCGCCUACAACCAGAGGGUACAGGCCAGCCUCCGCACCCAAGAAGAGCUGCUGGGAAAAGUUCAGACUUCCCACCAGGAGUUUAGCAGUCUGAAACAGUCCAACACGGAGGCCAACCAGAGGGAGGAGGUCCUGAAGAAGCUGGCUUCGGCACAUGACAGCUACGUUGAGAUCAGCAGCAACCUGCGCGAAGGCACCAAGUUCUACAAUGACUUGACAGAAAUCCUGCUCAAGUUCCAGAACAAAUGCAGCGACAUCGUUUUCGCUCGCAAGACAGAGCGGGAUGAACUACUUAAGGAGCUGCAGCAGAGCAUUGCCCGAGAGCCCAGUGCUCCAUCCUUCAACGUUCCUGCCUAUCAGAGCAACCCAGCUCCCCCUGCUGCCGGCCCAACCCCUGCACCUAGGACCGUCUUUCAGCCUCAACAAGCCCAGCAGCAGCCCGAGGCAAAGCCCCAGCCCCCAGCCAGGCCUCCUCCACCGAGCUUCACCCCUCAGGCAGCCUCCACCGCUCCCACCAAUGUACCACCCACUGGCCCUCCCAACACCAACCCACCACCUGUGGCCCCAGCAUCCCAGGCCCAGGGACCACCUUACCCUACUUACCAGGGCUAUCCAGGGUACUUCCAGAUGCCUAUGGGCUACAAUCCUUAUGCUUACGGCCAGUACAACAUGCCCUACAUGCCCUACCAGGCGUCUCCAGGACAGGGAGGCUACCCAGGAGCCCCUCCUGCCGGACAGCCCUACCAUGGCUACCCCCAGCAACCCCCUCAGCAGCAGCCCUACUACCCUCAGCAAUAACUCUCCUCUCCAUCCCCUCCUUCCUCCUCUCACCAGUUAACACCAAAUAAAAAAAUACCCCCUAGCAAUAACAUUUAAUCUCCAUUAGCCCCCUCCCUUCUCAUCUUUUGUUUUCUUUCACUAACAGCAGCUCUCGAAACCCAAGUGAAGGGUGACCUCAGAGCUGCUUUGCACUUCUUUCUUCAUUAUUUUGCCACUUCUUAUUCAUUUCUCCUUUCAUCUCACCCUCCCUUUUUCGAUCCUAGAUCAUGUUUUUCUGGGUUCUGACUGCGAUUUUUCUAUCUCAACUUCUAUCAUUGCACUAACCCCUCCCUUUGCCUGUAAGGUUUUUUAUAUACUCAUUUUCUAAUGAUUUAAUUUAAACCCUAAAUGGUUUUCAUUGAUAACUGACUCUUUGUCUGGGCUGGACUGCUGUAAAACACUCAUGAAGGUGCACAGAAUCCUAGGAUGUUUCCUUGGUUUGGGUGUAUGUGAUGGGUGGGCGGAUGCCACUGAUGGGAGGGCACAGCUACAUCGUCACUCUCCCACCCACUCAAUCAACCCCCAGUGCUUCUAUAUCUAUAUUCCUAUUUUUGUAAUGAAUACUGAUGCCUCGCUGAUGUAUAAACCUAUAAAAAGGAACGGCGUGUAGGUUUUCUAAUGUAGAUGACUGAGUUCUCUUUUUCUUUCGCUCAUUUCUCUCUCUCACCCAGGGAAUGUUGGUAUAUUUCUGUGUUACAAUCAGAGGCUGUACAAGUGGGAGAAAUAAUUCUAUUAUAUAAAUAUAUGUAUAAAUAAGACUCUGUAUGUGGUUAACCGAGACACUCUGUGUGCUGCACACUCAUGCUUUGUGUUUAUUUUUAUUCCUCAGCUCUAAUGUGAUUAAAAACAACUGCUAGCCAGAUUUUGCCAGUC